AUGGAUCAGUCUGGCGAUUCAGCUCCCUCUGUCCGGAAGCGGACUCGGGCCACCGCAGACCAACUCGCAGUCCUCGAAGAUACCUUUGCUGUAAACGUGAGCCCGAACAGCAAGCUCCGAAAACAGCUUGCAGAACAGCUCCAGAUGAGUGAGCGCUCAAUCCAGAUCUGGUUCCAGAACAGAAGAGCAAAAGUAAAGCACAUCCAGAAGCGUGCACAGAUGAAGAUGCAUCAUGCGUCGAUCCGUGCCCAACUG